GUUUGCUGUCAGAUGAGGUGGCGCUGUGUGUGACAGGAUGUCAUUGUAGAACCCAAAGUGCCAAAGCUUUUCUUCAGAAAUGUUCCUGUUCGUGCUCACCGAGACCAUUGACACCUGAUGUACUUAGUGACACCGAUGACAAAUUUCAAAAUCUGCUUCAUUCAGCGAACAGCUUCCAUUGAGUUUCCUGCAGACGACAGACGAUGCUCCCCACAGACUGGGUCCUGUUGAGGGCAGACGACUGUUACCUGUCUGGCUACCUGUUGUGUGAGAGGACAGUCGCUGUAGCUGCUGAAGACAAUGAGCAAGCGUAAGAACAAGGCGGCUGUUGGUAGAGGAGGUUCAGGGAAAGUCGUAGUUUACCUGCACCACGUGACUGAUGCUGAGGCUGCUUGUCUUACAGACCCAGGUAACGCGCGCCGACUCCAGGAGGUCAGGACUCAAUCGGGUGCUGAUGUACAGGUUGACCCCAACCCAUCAUCCGUACCUGACAGGAAGACUGUCAUCAUUAAGGGUGACCUGAGACAGAUCGACGAUGCUGUCAGGCUCCUCAAUCAGAUGACUGCCUCGCAGGAAGAUAUUCUACAGCGAGCUCAGGAGUUUUGGUUGAAAUGGGUUGAGGCCGCCUUCCCUGACUUUGCCUCACGCGCCUACUUCCUGCCUCCUGUCUACUUCAACCGCGUGCCCAUGUAUAGACAGACCAUUGCUGCUCAGGAUAUUCUUGUCCUGCAGAAACCAUCUGGACAGGCUGGUCAGUCCUACCAGGUAGCCGUAAAUCCACCUCCAGCUGUUCAGGGUUCCAUUGCACAACCCACUUCAGUUCAGGACAGUGAUGUUAGAGAUGAUGCAGCCAUGCAGCGCAUUUUCCUUUGUCUGCAGGAAAUGUCUCAACAGAACAGAGAAGUGUUUGUCGCAAUGAGUCAACUUCAGUUCGGGGAGUACCUGGGAGAACCUUGUUAUUCUGCUGCAGCAGCUCAGGUGCCCUUAGCUACAAGUCCUCCUCCUUCUCUGCCGAAAAACUGGGACAAGGGCGACUUUGAUGUGCUUCUUAUUCACAGGAAGUACGGUUUUGUCGUCUGUGAGGUGAAGGCUGUUGGUGACAACGUAGGAGAGCUUGGUCUGUCACAGCAGGACAUGGAAAACAACAUCCGAAAGAAACUAAAGCAGGCCAUCGUUCAGCUGGACAAGGCGGAGGCCAUGUUGUCUCACCUGGUGUCCGACAUCGCUUCCGGUCUGCGCAUCACCAAGACCAUCGCUGUCCCCAACCUCACGACUCGUCAGGUAGAGCAGGCAAUCGCUGGUGACAAACAACUCACUCAGGACCUGUGUCGCUGCCUUGGAAACCCACAUACAAGAGAUGUCACCGGCGCGGCUGGCCUUUGUUUGACCUCUGAUCAGUUGUCUGACCCCAAGACCCCGUUGUACGUCACUAGUCACGUGAUGAGGGAACUCGGACACUGGUGGCAGCGACGUGUGGCUGGGGCUGGACCUGACAGUCACAUGACACUUGAUGUUUACCAGACAUUAAUAGCAAGACAGCAACACCAGUGAGCGAUAUUCCAGGUGAAGUCGUUGUUGCAGCUAGUGAAAGAGAAUUUCCUUACCUUGGCUAUUUUACACCCGACAUCAGCAUUGAUGAGGCAGGCAGUACAUCUACGACAGAUACUUCUUGUGGGUUGGCUUGACAACAAGAUUGUAACAGUUGCCACAAGUCACGAUUGUCUUCAGCCGCUUGACAGUGUGAACCACUUUAAUACAGAGGGACACUCAGCGGCGCUGUCAGCAUGAAGGAUGCAAAUGCCUCAAAUAUAUUACUGGGAGUGUGAUCAUCUUGUGUUAAGUAGCUGAUAUACUGAAUGUUAUAUGACACACAAGCCUUACAUAACAGUCUGUGUUAAAUGCUUCGUUGCACGGACACCUUCACACGUGUUGUGUGUUUAAUGUUCCACAAAAGCGGCGACAGUCUCCUCGUGCAGUCACGUGACUGUCUCACCUGUGGUGUCUGUAGCUGGUUGACGUCGUCGCAGUAGCAGACCUACAGGUGGUCAUGACACGUGUGGUUGUAUCUUGACCUGUGAGUUGUCAGGCACAAGUGAAGGUUUAUGUAUUUAGAGGUAUAUACAUGUAGAAAUGUAACAUAUGUGUUACAUAUAUACAUAUAGACUUACGUAGGUGUGUCGUUUACCUGCGGCACGUCAAGAAGAUAGUAAUGUAGAUACGUAUGUUCUUUUCCAGUGGGUCGUCAGGCACGAAUACCUGUAUAGAUGUCUACAGAAUUGUCUUUGCUUAAGUCUUCGCUUACGUUUGUAUCACGAGGUCCACGUAACCAUAUAGAGCUGAUCACGUGACUUUGCUCUCUGAUGGAUUGGUCGGUUAGCGGAAGAAAGACUAAGGGUGGGCGUGCCAAUAGCGACAUCAAAGAUCUUAAAUGGCUUAUAUAUAUAUACAGUAUUUUGCUUCUGGGCUCGACCACCAGUUGGUGUAGCUUACUAUGCACAUUGUUGUAGUGACUUGAGCACAUUGUCGAUCCACAGAGCGAUGUCGGACGUAGCGCAUGAUGAUACUGACGAUGUGAGCCUGAAUGUUGAAGUUCUACGAGAUGAUUGCAUCUGAUGUCAACUUCGACAAUUUCGUUACUUGCGACGACAUAUUGGAAACUUGCGGUGUACUUUCUCUUGAGGAGAUAUGUGAGGAAGCUGCGGCUGUGACACACAGCGGGGAUGGAGUCGAUGGCGACAACAGAAGUGACGACUACUUGUUAGGAACAGGGGGUUGUUGCCCCUGUCUUUUGUUUAGAGAUUUCAAAGAUUAUUGCACUUACCAGUCAGCAUAUGAGUGUUUUUGCGGCGUCGUGGUUUUGCUUCAGAACCCGACGUCAUUUUUAUGACGUAAUUUUAUGACGUCAUUUUUAUGACGUAGUUUUGGAGAGGAGUGAAGAAUUUAUGGAGAGUGAGAACGGACGGUGAAAACGGAGGAGCUAAAAAAAAACCUGUACGUGUGGAUACAGAGACGGUUGGGAGAAAGGAUCAGUAGCGGACUAGAGUGAGUGGAUUGUCCGUUUUGGGAAACUGGAAGAUCUGUGGACUUUGUAUUUAGUUAAUGUUAAUUGAUUUAAAGUUUUGAUUCCCA